CACACCUUUACAAAUAAUUCCCUUUCAAUUACAUCCCAUUUUUUUUCUGCCGUCCCAUUCCUUUUCUUCAGCCUAUUUUCUUCUCUCUCUAAUGCUUAAUAUCAGUUCUAUUCUUACUUUGAGCCCGGAAUAUUUAAACCGAAGCAUUGAUCAGCCAUAGAAAGUAGUUCGUAUUCCUUAUUUUCACCACAUUGCUUUCCACUUGAACAAACAGACAUACGGACAAACAAACAAACAAACAAACAAACAACCAAGAAAAAGUAAAAAGAUAUGGCCUCCUCUAGUAUGUUGUGGCAUCAUAUCCCAGGAAGACUUCAUUCUGUCUCAGUGGCAGACAAAUCCAACAUCUGGGGAGUCACCUUGGAUUAUCAACUCUGUAGACUCGAUCCUAACACGCAGCAAUGGCAGUUCGUCGCUGUUACUUCAGAAUCCGAUAACCAAGCACGUUUUUCAUCUUUACCCACACAAUCAGCGGAAUCAGCGCAAUCGACGCCGUAUUAUUCAUCAGCAACGUCAACGGCAAUGGCGGCUAAAAAAAAGGUGCAGUCCCUGAUCCCUGCGUCAUUAGGACAGAGUCUUGGAUUAACAGGUGAUUCGAUCACAAGUACAAAUAGGCCCUUGCAGCAACAACAACGUCUAAUGCAUGACAAUUUGAUGGCAUUCAUUACGGAUGAAGAUACAGAUGUAGAUGCAGAUGCAGAUACAACACUCCAAGUCUCUGCAGCCGCAGACGGGACAGUGGUGAGAUUGGACAGGUCUCAUAGAAGUUGGUAUUUGAUUACACCACAUUAUAAUCAUUGCAAUUUUGAAAAAGAUGUCAUCUGGAUCGAUUUAGGCCACUUAUGGAGAUGUGUCAGCGUGGCUUCUGUAUCGCAAAUCUGGGGGUUAAAUAACAGUGGUGAUAUUCACUAUGGUACAUCAAAUCAGCUUGUACAGCUCAAAGCCCCUGUAACAACUGGAGCAGGAUACAACAGACCAAACUUCACAUCCAUUUCAGUUGGACAUGACAACAUUGUAUUGGCUACUGAUGCACACACAGGCACAGUCUUUAGGCUCAAGACACACCCCUCAGUGUCGCAUCCGCCCCUAUGGACAGCUCUCCCAGGGACGGGCACAUUUUGCCAUUUACCGUCAUUGAUGCCAUCCUUUGCCGGAUCAGCCAUAACCACCCAACGCCUUCAUAUGACCAGCUGCACUCUCUCUUCAGCGGAUUAUAUUGUUGGAGUGGCAGCAGAUGGACAAGUGUACCGAUUUUGUAAUAAUGCUUGGAUUUCGAUGGGUGGGGGUGCAAAGUUUGAGAGCGUUGGGGUUGGAGUCGAUGGAUAUGUCAUUGGCGUUGACCAAGAUGGCGAUCUCUUUGGAUGUCAGUUACAAAGCACUAUCAUGGUUCCCGGUUUAGCCUCGAGCAGUGAGGCAAGAGAAGCUGUGAGAAUAGAGGUGUCAUCAGGGGUUUCAGUAGAAGCACAACAACAGAUGUGGCAAAAACAAGAUGAUGAUACCGAUCCUCCAAGUUCGCCAAAAGCACCCAAUCAACCCAGUAUCCCAGCCACGCCUCGGCUCCAAGGGAUGCCGAAGCGGCCAUUGACAUCGCCGAGGGAACUGUUUGAAAUCUCGGGUACAACUUUUUCGUCCUUUAGUCAAAACCAGAUCGAUCAAGGACAGGUACAGUCACGGAGGCAGGGCGAGCGCCAGUUCACGGCUCCUUUAGUAUCUAAAACUGACAACAAAAACAACAACGAUUCUACUCCGUCCUCACCAGCGAUUUCACGCAGUAAUUCUUUUAUGAUGCGAUAUUUAACCCCAGCCAGAUCAGGUUCACAGCUGAGCAAAAAAAGCAGUUAUGCAUCUGAGAAUGGCUCAGCACAGUUGUCUCCAAAGGCAAGACUAAAUUUUGCUCAGGUUAAUAACGCUGAGAAUACUAGAGACAUUCAACAAAAUAUUUCUCAGCAACCAAUGAUCUUGAAUGACACCUCCACCACCUCUAAAGGAACGAAAAAUACUCCGUUAAGGAUACAAACAGCGCUAUUUAAUACUUACGGAGCACCUGAAGUCGAUUCAAAUGAUGUUUCUUCGCGACCUCUUGUAACUACUGGGAUCAGAAACGGUAGAUCCCCUUCGACCGACCUUCCAUUAGAUAAGAACCCAUACCCACCAGAGCUUUUUACGCCCUCACAAGCAGCAAGUAUAAACAACGAAAACAAUGGGUUGCAUCAUAGUAAUAUGUCGAUGAAUUCCUCAGAACCGGAUUAUUUCCCACUCUCUACGAAGCUGACCAACACGGGCUCAGAAAGUCAAUGGCAGAAUCAGACUAAAAGAUAUAGUAGUGAUAAGCAGGAGUUCAUAAAUGACGAUAAGGAUGAAGUUCCUUUGUCGGGAUAUCAGACAAGCAGCAGCAUUAGAAAUGACCACAGUAGAGGUGGAUCUAGUAAUGAUGAUGUGGCUGCUGCAGCCAAAGAAUAUGGCAAUGGUUAUACCCACCAAGGCAUGAGGAGUAAUCCCACUACAGCUCUUUCGGUUUCAACUCCUGGCCAUCCUGAAAAUGGAUUCGGAGUAUCUGCUCUGUCAGGAAAGAGUGAGUGGAUUGAGGAUGCAAUGGAUCCAUAUAAUAGCCACUCACAUGGGGAUAUUAGUUUAAAGACGAGUUUGAAGCCAGACCAUGAUAAAAAGCAAUGGGACAGCAGCGCAAAUGACCACAGCAACAUCAACGACAGCAAUAGCCAUAACAACAGUAGCAACUAUUCUGCUCCUAUUUAUUCCUCACCAACAAGCCCAAAGACCCUAGCAUCGGGCUAUUACUCUCCUCCAGACACUUACCAGGAUCGUCAAACCCAAUCGCGGGGUCAAACGCGUAACCAGCAAUCAGCUCAAACAGUGUACAGUCGAGGCCCGUAUUAUCAUUCUCCACCCCUCGGGAAAUCUUCUCCCAGCCAUAAACAGGAAUUUCUUCACUCUACGUCUAAUAAAGAGGAAGGUGCCAGCGACGGCCACAGGUCUUUCGAAGAAAACCCAGCAGCAGCACCGACUUUGCUAUAUACACGUCGGUCGAGCUCAGCAUCAGAGAUAUUGAUGCUUCAACAACAACAAGAAUAUCUUCGGCUUACACGGCUCCGCAGCGAGCCAGCCUCCACCUCGUGCGACAAUAUUCCCGCAAGUCAGGCGAGUAUUAGCAGUAAUAAUAAUAAUCACAAUAGCAAUCAUUUUAGCAAAAAUUACCAGAACCGAGGAAGCGUUGCUAGUUUUAGUGAUCAUUAUGGAGACCUCCUAAUCGAAGACAACCAAGCGACCGCCGUUGCAGCUGCUGCCAGGGCGACACGUCCAUAUGUUACCCAAGAGGACUACCCAUCUACCAUAGUGCCAUCGCCAGUGAAACCUGCCACUAUUCGGUAUAAUGAUCCCUUUAUGCAUGCCAAUAAUGAUAUCGAGAUGGAUAGCUUACCGAAACAUGGUCUUGGAAAUGGUAAUGAAGGUAGUAGAGACACUUCAGGCCGUCCCUCGUGCUCAUCUUCUCAACUUGAUACUACAGUUACAGGUCAACCAGCACCGGGCCUACGAAGAAAUGAUCGAUGUCCAAGCACGCCCAAUAGGUCGAUGGCUCGGCCUGUAACCAUGAAUGAAAGUGGAAUUCAAGGCGAGGAUGCCCAAGGGCGGUGGAUUGGGGGAUCGACAGGGCCAGAUGCCCGAGUUACAUCUUAUAAUCAGGAUGUACACAAGUCCAAGUGCUGCUUAGUUUUAUGAUUUUUUGUAUAGUAUUCCUAACAAGUAUGGAC